GUUAUGACCUACAAUAUUGCAGUAUGCGCUCCUACCCUUCACAUACGUACGGCUUAAUUUAAUGGCUGCCAAAAUCUAAUUAAAUAGCAUCAGUUGUUGAUAAGUUUCACUUACAGCAGGGGAGAUUCUUUCAGCUAGCUGCUGCACAAUUGAUAAUCGAGAUAAAUGAACUUCACCUUAUCUCCUUUUCUCCUUGCUCUUCUCUUUGAGGAGCUUUUGGUGGGCUUGGAAAGUUGCUUGAGAGAAUACGAUGGGAGAGAGAGAUAAAACUGCGCAGGUUUCAAUUGAAAUGUCAGCCUUAAAUAGAAUGUUAGCCUCAUCCAUCGGUGAAAAGCUGCGAGAUAACUCACCUUCCUUGCCAGUAAGCAGCAUUUUCAGAGUCCCUCAGAAACUUCGUCGGCGUAAUGAGAAUGUUUAUGAUCCUAACAUAGUCUCAAUCGGUCCCUACCACCAUGGCACUAAAAGACUAGCUCCCAUGGAGGAAAUAAAAAUGUGGUAUCUGGAUUCCCUCCUCAAAAGGUUUCCACUGCCUCCAGAUGAAUGUUUGGUGCACAUUGUUGAGAGCAUCAGACAGUUGCAGAAGCGUGCACGUGAUUGUUAUGCAAAUCCAUUCAAGCUCAACGAGGAAAAGUUCAUUGAGAAUUUAGUUGUUGAUGGUUGCUUCCUCCUUGAGCUCUUUCGUAAAGAUGCAUACAUAGCCCCAAGAGCCGCAGAUGAUCCUAUAUUUAACACGUCCUGGAUGUUUGAAAACCUUUAUCAUGACUUGAUUUUGAUGGAGAACCAAAUUCCCUGGUUUGUUCUCCGUCGUUUAUCUGAGCUAACAGCAUCUACCAGCGAACAGGAACCCGAUUUUCUCGAGAAACUUGUUCUCAAGUUCUUUGAGACGAUGAUGCUGAUGACAGUGCCAGCCGAAUACAGAUCAAAUGGCCGCGAAGUCAAGCAUAUUCUUGACUUAUUGCACAGUUGCUUGCUUUCCUCGUCCGGGGGUAGAAUUCCUCAAAACACAAACUUGGAGCUGUUUCCUCCAGUGACGGAUCUCUUGCAGGCUGGAGUCAAAUUCAAGAAGGGAACUCCUGAUGACAUCUUGAACAUCAAGUUCAGUAGGGGAGCAUUUGAGAUCCCUCCCAUUAAAAUCCGGGGGAAUUCGGAAUCUUUGUUCAGAAAUCUUAUAGCAUAUGAGCAGUGUGACCGCCAUUGCAUGGAUCAAUUCACGUCUUAUGCAGUAUUCUUGGACUGCCUCAUCAACAGCAGCAAGGAUGCGGACUUGCUUUGUGAUGAAGAUAUUGUUGUGCAUGCCUUGAGCACGGAAGACAUUUCCCUUCUCUUCAACAGGCUGUACAAUGACACACUCAUCUCCGAAUUCUACUAUGGUGGGAUAGUUCAUAAUAUUAACGAGUAUUAUAGAUCUCGAUGGCCUAGAUGGAGAGCAACCUUGAUGCGUGAUUAUUUCAGGAAUCCAUGGUCGAUUUCUUCAUUCAUAGCUGCAAUUUUCAUACUUAUUUUCACCUUUACACAGACUUUGUUUACCAUUCUCUCUUAUUAAUCUGGCCCUUAUCCUAGUUAUUAUUUUCUUGUGCAAGUGCUACAUUCCAAAGGGAUUGAAUUUUGUAUUGCUUUUUCUCCUAGUUGGUGCGAUGACGUUUCAUUUGUUAAAUGAUUUGUGCUUUA